UCGUCCUAGUGCCAGGGUGUUAUUCCAAAAAAUGUUACAUGCGCCGAAUGUAUGCGCCCCUGGUUCAUCCCAGUGAAACCUUUUUGAAACGUUUGUCGACCUUUAAAAAUGGUGAAGUGGUGAAACACCUAAACAUGACACACCGAUCAAACGUGACAAAGAUGUACAAGCGAGGAGGCGGCGAAGCGUGCGCUGUUGUUGGGUGCUCCCACAACCGUAAAAAAUACAUGUUUGGAAAAAGGCGAUGUGCGAGGGUCGGAAUUAUUCACGAAGACUGUCCGUGUUGUGUUCCAUAUAGCCUACACAAAUUACCCUCGGACGAGGAAGUGAAGCGGGAAUGGGUGGCGGCCCUACAUCGGAAAGAUCUUCCAAAGAAUGUGUGUGUGUGCUCUCAACAUUUCAUCGAUGGCCGCCCGACAGAGCAAAACCCAGCUCCAAAGAUUAACCUUGGUUAUGACACACCUGUGAAGAUGGGACGGAGAACGGUAAAGAGGAAGUUCAAUGAUGUACAGGAUUCAGAUGCAGGAUAUAGGUAA